AAAUGGUUUAAUAUUUUUUUUAACUGACAACACUUUUGUAUAAUAUGUCUCCGUGUUUAUAAUCUGUAUGCCUUUUUAAUUUGAGUCUGCCGUGUCGUUUUGGCGAAAGGCACCAGAAUGAAAUACAAUAAACUGGUUACGUCCUCCAGGAGGAAAAACAGGAAGAGGCAUUUUAGCGCCCCUUCACACAUCAGACGGGUGCUCAUGUCUGCGCCUCUGUCCAAGGAGUUAAGACAGAAAUUUAACGUUAAAUCUAUGCCCAUCCGUAAAGACGACGAAGUACAGGUUGUCAGGGGCCACUACAAGGGCCAACAGGUUGGCAAAGUCGUACAAGUUUAUCGUAAGAAAUUUGUGGUAUACAUUGAGAGGAUUCAGCGAGAGAAGGCGAACGGUGCCAGUGCGUACGUCGGUAUCCACCCCUCAAAGUGUGUAAUUGUCAAGCUUAAGAUGAAUAAAGAUCGUAAGACCAUCUUGGACCGUAGAGCAAAGGGAAGGUUGGCUGCUCUCGGUGGAGACAAAGGCAAAUACACAGAGGAAACUGCCACCGCUAUGGAGGCCUCGUGAACAUAGAUUUAAGAUCAAUAAAAAAAUUAAAACAGC